CUUAAUACAGUACACAAACAACAGCAGGAUGUAUGGUACAGUUGAUCCGGCUUGUGGCUGGUGCUGAUUGUCCGGUGGCUAAGGAGCACGGCGUGGAGGUGCACCACCAGCUGCGGCUGCGGGCGGCUAACAACACCGUCGUGGCGGCAGCAGGAGGCGUGGCGGGGGCGGCGGCGGGCGCGCGGCUGCUGUUGUAGGUGUGGGAGUAGUGGGGAAGGCACAUCUGGUCACAGGCGGGCGGGGGUGGGGUGGACGAAGAGGGGUACCGCGUUGAACGGGGAGGAGGGAUGGUGGGCUGUAGACAGAGGCAGCACGGAGUGCAGGUGACGAGUGUAGACUCGUUGCGUGCUGAGCGUUAGCGGCAUGUAAGCGGAAUAAACGGAUGCAGGCGGCACACGCUGGAGGAAAGGGUUGGGACCAGUUGCGUUCACGUCAAACACGGCAUGGCCACGGCUGAUGACUCAAAUUAUCAAUGUCG